GAUAAUAACUACGUAUUAAAUCCAUUUUAUAUUUCAACCAAGUAUAAUUGAUGUCCGUGAAAGACGUAAACACUAAGGCGACCGCGCUGGAGAGCAAGCUUGUUGGGAAGCUGUUUCUAGGUGGUGCAAAGCCCUCUAUCGACGAUGUAAAGUUGUUUAAUGACCUCCUCGGCAACAACAACCUAAAUCUGUUUCGAUGGGUGAAGAAUGUCGCGACGUUCUCCGAGGGGGAUCGCCGUUCAUGGGGUGCACCUUUGAAAGUGAAGCCACUCACGGAGACUGGGAACCCCAUCCCUUCUGCCGCUGCAAAGCCUGCACCCGUAGCUGAUGCGAAGCCCGCUCCUGCGGGGGAAGAAGAGGAUAUCGAUUUUUUUGGUGAAGAAACUGAAGAGGAUAAGGCAGCACUGGCGGCGAAGAAAGCUAAGGAUGCGGAGAAGAAAAAGGCCAAGCCCGCUGUGAUUGCAAAGUCCUCAAUUUUGUACGACAUCAAAGGUUGGGAUGACACAGUUGAUCUCGAAGAGCUUGCAAAGAAGCUAAAUGCCAUUCAACGGGAUGGCCUUGUCUGGGGUGAUCACAAGCUUGUGCCUGUUGCUUAUGGUGUUAAGAAAUUGCAGCAGCUCAUUGUGAUUGAGGAUGACAAGGUAUCUGGUGAUGACCUGGAGGAGAUGAUCACGUCAUUUGAGAAUGAGGUCCAGUCGAUUGAUAUUGUUGCUUGGAAUAAGAUUUAAUAGAAUAAGAAGCGUCGAAAUACUGUGGCACGGAUUGAUAUUACCAAAUAUAUUAAUGAGACAAAUAUUCAAAGAAAUGUAAAAAUUGCAUUUUUUGAGUAUAUAAAGAAGUAAUAGGGAAUGAAUAUUAUAAGGUUUACUUUAAAAUCUAAUAGUAAAAAUUGAAUUAUUAAAAAUAUGACCGAUAAUGGGAAAAAGUCUGUGUAAGCUACAUGCAUACAAUAGUAUUGAAACAUUUU